AUGGCGGACGCUCAGAAGAAAAUGCAGGCACUCUCGGAUGAGUUCCAGCAAUUGCAGACUGAGCUCGACGGUCUUGUCGAUGCGCGCCAAAAGCUCGAAUCUCAGCAACAGGAGAACUUGGGUGUACAGAAGGAAUUCGACUCGCUCGAUGACGAGUCCAACAUCUAUAAGCUGAUCGGUCCCGUGCUGUUGAAGCAGGACAAGACUGAGGCGGUGAUGGCUGUCAAUGGACGGUUGGAGUUCAUUGAGAAGGAGAUUAAGCGGAUCGAGGGACAAAUCCAGGAGAACCAGGACAAGGCGGACAAGAAGCGUACCGAGGUAAGCUUGACUUGA